UGCGUUUUAUUUAAGCAAAACACUCGUUCACCCGCCGGAGCCCCUGGGUUCUCGAAAACACAGCAGAGGCAUUCGUGACUCCCCUCCAACGCUCGCUUCCCCUGCGCUCCCCGAAUGCUCGCCCCUACACUUCCCGACGACGAACAGCGGUGGCGAUGCCUGAAAUUUCGUCGACGGUGACCACACGGCUCGGCCCUACGCUUGCCUCCCCUGCGCCCCCCUACACUGUCGCCGGCGUCGCUUUUUUUGUUAUGCCCCUUUUCACUCUGCUUUUUCUGCUAUGCCCCUUUCCACUCUUCCAAUCCCGUCUCUUUUUACCGUGUCAAUCCAUCUCACCCAUAUUCCCCCUUGUGGGAUUGAGCAGGCUGCGCGCCGCGGAGAAGCCCAUUGCUCCAUCCUCUGCACCAGCCCUUGGCGCUAGGAAGCAUGCGGUGGUAAGACGGAGACAAAGACCCACCAUUUUUAGGUGCCGACACCAAGUCACUCUCCAAUUUUGAAAUCGGAACCGCCUGUGUCCUCGCAGCAAGCUCACCAGCGGCGUCUCCAACCUGUGUGAAGAGGCAGCAACAACACCAACUGAUUCUGAACUGAAUGAAAGAAGAGGAAGAAGAAAAAAAAAGGAAAAGCAUAUUAUUCAUGGGUUUGCUUUUGGGAGGCACCGGCUACGGUGCUUCUUUUUGGGGGGCAAGUUAUAUCAUGUAAAAAUGACCGUCGUGAAGAAUUGCUUUUCAUGAGCAACAAGGAGAAUAGCUUGAGCAGGAGGGAAAAACACUAGUUUGAAGAAUGACAAAUUUAGGAAGAAAUAUCAUUGAUAAGGGCAAACAAGUAUGUGAUUCGACACAAAGUUCAGAUGAUGUCCUAAUCGGAGUACAUUCCUCUAAUGAAACUCCUAUGGAUUUGCAAGACACUGAAAAUGAAGGAGUUUCAAUAGAUGCUCCUGAAGUACGUAUAAGUGGUGCAAAAAGAUGAAGGUCAAAGACUUCAUCAAUAUGGAAUGAUUUCGACGAGGCCAUCAUAAAUGGUAUCAAAAAAGGAAAAUGUAAGUACUUCUAUACACUAUUUUUGAUAAGUGCAGGAGGAUCUACAUCAUCAAUGGGAAGACACAAAUGUUUGACACGUUUUGCUAACAAAAAGCAAACGAUUUUAAGUUUUAAAUCUGGGAAUACUUCAGAUGUCACGAAGAAGCUUAUGGAAAUGGGUUCCAACAUCGAUGCUUAGGCAAUAAGAGAGAUAAUUGCAAAACUAGUGGCAACCGGAGAACAUGCUUUUUCCAUAGUGGAUAAUUGUUGGUUUAGAUUCCUUCUUAGGCUUGGUUUUUCUAAUUGGGUGCCAAUUUCAAGAACGACAGUUAAGAGAGAUGUUAUGAAAUUAUAUGAAGAUGAAAAGAAAAAAUUGCUUCUUGUCUUGAAGGGUGUUGAUAAGAUUGCUUUGACUACAGAUAUGUGGACGUCAAACCAACAAUUUGGAUAUAUGGCAUUAACAGCACAUUUCAUUGAUAAAGAGUGGAAUAUGCAACAACGUAUCAUCAACUUUACCGAAGUUGAGCCACCUCAUACUGGGUUAGUUUUAGCAAAUGUAAUUGCUAAGCAUCUUGAAGAGUGGAAGAUUAAAAAAAUAAUAAUAUCCAUUACAGUUGACAACGCUUCAUCAAACGAUGUUCUUGUUAGAAAAUUAAAAGAGAACAUGAAAAAAAGUGGCAUCAGCUUGUAUUAUGGAGGUAAAUUUUUUCAUGUGCGAUGUUGUGCACAUAUUUUGAAUCUGAUAGUACAAGAUGGAUUGAGUGCCAUUAAAGAUGAAAUCAUUAGCAUUAGAGAUGCAGUUAAAUAUAUCAAAGUGUCACCUUCAAGACUCCAUGGUUUUGCAGCUGCAGCUAGAGAGUUGGAUCUUUCAACGACAAAGAAGUUAGUGUUAGAUGUAUCAACUCGAUGGAAUUCAACAUAUUUUAUGUUGGAAACAGCUCUUGCAUAUAAAGAUGCUUUUGCAAGAUAUAGCAUGGAAGCCCUAGGUUUUGUUUGGUUGCUUGGACCUGAGGAUUGGGAAAAAAUAGCAGUGAUAUGUGAUUUUCUUCAGGUUUUUUAUGAUGUAUCCACCUUAUUUUCUGGGUCAUCUUACGCAACAGCAAACUUAUAUUUUCUUGAAAUUUGGAGAGUUCAAGAAAUAUUGCAGGAAAAGGUUGAAAAUGAAGGUGGGUUUAUGAAGGCAAUGGCAGUGAAAAUGAAGGAGAAUUUUGAUAAAUAUUGGAAAUCUUGUAACUUGUUAAUGAUUAUUGCAUCCAUAUUAGAUCCACGCGUGAAACUCACAUUAUCAGAAUUUGUCUUUUCAAGAAUUUACCAGUCAAGAGAAGAAAGGGAAGAACAAAUGCAAAUGAUAAAACAAUCUUUACAAGAUGUUUAUGAAAGUUACAUCCAAAAAAAUUAAGUGGAUGUCAAUAUUUUUACUGCAUCAACUACUUCCUCUAGUAUUCAAGGUCGAGACACCCCACGUGGUGGAAGAAAGCUAUUUUUUAAGUUCUUAGGUAAAGCUGAGAAUGUUGCUUUUCAGGUCAUCAAAUCUGAGAUAGACACAUAUUUGGAGGAUGGAUUGAUUAAACAUGAUGAUAAUGAUGGUGAUGAAGAUUCUUUCAAUAUUUUGCAAUGGUGGAAGGAUAAGGAAUCUAAGUAUCGAAUUCUUUCACAAAUGGCACGUGAUCUGUUGUCAAUUCCAAUAACUUCUGUUGCUUCAGAAAAAGCUUUCAGUACAGGAGGUCGAAUUGUUAAUGAUAGUCGUAGUUCAUUGAUGCCAAAAACAGUUGAAGCUUUGGUUUGUUUGGGUAAUUGGGUAAAGAAUGAUGGUGAUCCAAUGCAUGAAGUUUUAACAAAAGUUGAGGAUGAAUAAAGUGAAUAUAUACCAUUAGAAUGAUUCAAGUUGUCUCUUGUUGCCUCUUGUAGUUUUCUGUUUUGCUGUCCAAUGUUCAUGAUUUCAUGUGUGUGAAGAGCUUCUAUAUGAAGAGGUGGCUGUUAUUGUGGCUAGAGGAAGGGAUGAUUCAUUUUCAAGUUUUGGUUCCUCGAGAGUUGAGAGGAGAGAGGGUUCUCAAAACAUUUGUUCACAUAUUUUUACAUACUUAUGAACAAACUAAUGUACUAUUGCUUGAAAUUCUGUGGUUGUAGUCCAAUUAAACAUGAUAAAAAAGUCCAUGGAUUCUUGGACAUCUAGUUGCAAUCUAUUAUCAAUUUGCUGCAAUAAAAAUCAUGUUGCUUCAUGCUUGUGGGCUGCAUUUGGUCAUUCUUGCACUCUUUUGAUGACUCUUGGUGUAGGUAGAAAGUUAGAAUUUUGAAUAUGAUAUCUGUUCAGUCUUCAGUUGUAUCUCCACCACCUUAUCAUGCAAACGUUUUGUCAUUUUGUAUUUGCAAGGUUUAUUUCCAGCAGUUCCAUUUUUCAUGCCUGAUGCCCCUGAUGUUAGCUAUUAACAUUAGUUACAAGGCACCUGAUAAACUUCCUAGUUUUGACUUUGUGCUCAGUUUCAUUUGCGAGAAGACGCGCGUUUUCUUGUUGCAUUUGGUGCUCAAAAUUCCGUGAUUGUUGUUGGCAUGGAUGGGAGCUUCUAUAGGUGCACUUUUGAUGCGGUGAACGGUGGGGAGAUGUUGCAGUAGCCAGCAGGAGUAUUUCCGGUUUCUAAAAUCUGACAGCAAACAUAAAGGGGGCUGAUCUCUCCUUAUUCUCUGUUUCCCUUGUCUGUAAAUAUGACUAAUCUGUAAACGUGUGCAUAGUGUCACGCCAUAUUGCACCAGACAUGAAAUUAGCAUGCUUUCUCUUUUAUAUUCUCUUGGCAUUCAUUUGGAUUUUCUCCCAUUGUCACUUUGUUGGUAUGAGAGCUGUAAGACAUAAUAAAUUGCAGUUUUCCUUUUA